AGGGUAUGAGCUCUCAUGGAACAAACACAGAACCGGCCAUAUAGUAAGCGCAAGUGACGACGGUAUGAUAUGCCUCUGGGAUAUCACGCACUCGUGCAAGGAGAAGACCGAGAUCAACGCCCUGCGCACUUACUCGGAUCACACAGAUGUAUGCGAGAACGUACAGUGGCACAACCACAGCGAACACGUCUUUGGAAGCGUGGGCGAUGACAAGCACAUGAUACUCUGGGACGCUCGCACCGACAAUCCCUCAUUCAAGUUACAAGCCCACGAAGCACCCAUCAACACACUGGCGUGGCACCCCUUCUCGGAGUACGUAGUCGCUACCGGCUCCGCCGACACCACCGUGGCCCUGUGGGAUAUGCGCAAGCUCAAGGUCAAGCUGCACUCCUUCGAGAGCCACACGGACGAGGUGUUCCAGCUGCAAUGGUCACCCUUUCACGAGAAUGUGCUGGCCAGCGGAAGUCUAGAUAGACGGACUAUGGUGUGGGAUAUGGCCAGGAUUGGCGAGGAACAAACGCCCGAGGCUGCGGCUGAAGGUCCGCCGGAGCUCAUGUUCGUACACGGAGGGCAUCUGGGUAAGCUGACAGACUUCGCAUGGAACGAACACGUGCCGUGGACAGCGGCAUCGGUGGCCUACGAUAACAUGAUUCAAAUAUGGCAGAUAUCGAGGGAUAUAUAUGAUCCUCAGCCGAGUGCUGGAACCGUGAAUCUGUGAGGAACUCGAGUGGAUGGGACAGGCAUGCACGUGCAAUUAAUGGUCAACAAAAAAGCAAAUAAAUUAGAUAUUGUAC